CGUGUUGAAAUUGCCUGACUUUAUUUGGAUUCAUUUCCUGUACACUUGAAGAAAAGUGACUAAGAUCACACACACAUGUGCGCUCGUGGGACUGUUAAAGGUCAAUACCAUUCGUUAGUCAUGAUUUUCAUCAAGCGGAGAUUAAAACUGAGCAUCCUAUUUUUGAUGCUGAUUUUCAUUAUCUUGCUUCAACCAGACCAAAAGAGCGAAAAUAUUGCAACAAGCUUCCCAAAUCAGAGCAAAAAAUCGACUUCCGUCACUGAGAAUUGUUUGGGCAAGAUUAUUGUUGACUCAAAUAUUCAAUGGGAUUCGAAAAUCGUUCAACGCUUCUCGAAAAACAAGUCUUGUUUGAGACUGUUUGUGGAACCAAAAUUAGUUGAGAGUACACCCACGUACCAAGAAUUUGGGAUGAAAGUGACUUCCCCCGAAAUCGACAGAAAUAUUCCGUCCUUAUUCGAUUUUCAUAAGAUCCCAGACAUUGGUCCAUUGGCAAGGAAACGACCCUUCAAGUUUGCUAUUUUCGAGGAGGACGUUUCAAACCAAUUCAAACAUUCCAGAGUGAAAAUUCUGAACCUUUUGAAUAUUCAAGACCUCAAAGAUGUGGACUUUGUUUUCAUGACCGAUCAAGCAUUGGUUCGUCGACGAUUGCUUUUAGUCUUGGCUUAUGGAGCCAUUCCAAUCCUAAUCAACAUAUCGACGUCAUUUCGUUCACUUCCAUUUGCUGAGGUCCUAGAUUGGUCCAAGAUUGUUUACAGAGCUAAUUGGAGAACUGUUCCAGAUCUGAUCGAUAAGUUGAGUUGGACAAAUGCCUUUGAAAGGUUAGGGAAGCGUCGCCAAGGAUGGUCGGUGUGGAACGCAUAUUUCUCUUCAAUGCCAAAGAUCUUGGACACAUUUGUAGCGAUUUACACCCAACAAGAUUUGGGACUUCCUGGUCUCAUAUUUAAGUUAAGAAGUUUUUCAAGGUUUCCUUUUUUUAUUACAAAACACGCCUAUUCAAUUGUAAUAGUACAUAGUAAUCGUAUCAGACUUCCUAUUGUAGGACUUUUCUGGCCAUGGAAUUCGAGAUGAUUAUUCAAAUGACAUGGCUCCUUCGAUAUGGAACCCGGAAUUUGAUUACUUUUAUUGGAAUAUUGCGUUCAACCCAUUUAUUAGAGCUCCAAUUGUGCCCCCAAUGUUCGAGACAAGCCGAGGGUCGAAAGAGAUCCCCAAAGCAAGAAAGAAAUACUUUAAAGAACUUUUCACUCCCAUCGUAAUGACUUAUAAGAGGCACAACCUGUUAAAAGAUGCCUUGGCCAUGUUCGGAAAUAUUACCCAACACAUUGACAAAGUUAUCAUUAUUUGGAAUGAUCCUAGCGGCAAACCAUAUUUUGAAAUGCUAAACACACUCAGGGUGGCCAUCAACGCUAAGGUACAAUUCAUUUUCCCACCCAAAAAUAGCCUUCACAAUCGAUAUUUGCCGUUGGAUUCCAUUCAAACAAGGAGCAUUUUUCUCUUUGAUGACGACACAAGACGUUUGGAUGGGACAGCUUUAUUGAAAGGUUUUAGAGCGUGGCAAGAAAAUCGUGACCGAUUAGUUGGUUUUGUUGGAAGAGAUUUGGAUCAAUAUCUUGUUCCUGAAAUGGGGAAAUGGCAUUACAUCAUUCAGAUGCAUUGUGAGAAUUCCAUUUUGUUACCCAUGGCCCUAUUCAUCGACAAAUUCUACCUUUAUCACUAUACCUACAAUUUGCCCCAAACGUUAAAAGAGUUUGUGGAUAAAGAGCUCAAUUGUGAUGAUAUAUUUCUCAACGCCAUGGUCCAAGAUCUAACGGACAAACCAGGAUUGAUGACGUCAUAUUUCAAGGAUUACUCAUGUGAUGAGGACGUAUGCAAUUUGGAUGCAAACAAUUCUAUCUCACAACGGGACAAUCACAAGGUCAUUCGGGAUCAAUGUCUGGAUAUGGUUUAUGAAACCUAUGGAUAUAUGCCACUUCGUCCUGGAAGAUUCUACGUUCAAACCUUGGAGCGUUCUUUUUGCCGAGAGUUGAACUCUGCUGAACGUGACUAUGGUCGAUACUGCUAUCAAAAGCCGGGUACCACAAGGAACAUGAAACCAUUCAAUUCAUCAAUUUUCCAAAAGAAAACAUUUGAUCAAAUUGGAUGGUUUCAUAUUCAAUUUCAAUUUUAUAACAGCUUUGGAAACCGAUCCGAUUAGAAGAAUCGCCUUCUUGAAGAUGCACAAAACAGGCAGUACCACCAUCAGCAAUAUAAUAUAUCGCCAUGCAAUGGCCCACGAUCUGAAUGUAGCCCUUCCCAAGAGAGGAACCAUGUUGGGUUAUCCACAACGAUUCCACCGAGCCUUCACUGAUCAAAGGCUUUAUUUGGUUCUCUUUGACAUUUUGUGCUCUCACAUGGUCUGGGAUCUUCAUCAAGUCGAGAGAACCAUAGGGAAGAAGCCGUUUACCUUCACCAUUCUCCGGGAUCCUGUGGAACGUUUCAUUUCGUUUUGGGAUCAUUACCAACUUGGAAGCCACCAAAAUCUUCAUGAGUUUAUUCGUAACCCAAAGGGAUCGCCACAUCCAGAAUGGCUAACCAUGGUCCAAGAGAUGGGAUAUGGGAACUCGGAGAGCAAAUGGAACGCUGAAGAUGUAAUUCGCUAUACUGAUGCCAAUUUCAAACUCAUCCUCAUCCAAGAACAUUGGAAUGAAUCCAUGUUUUUGCUUUGGCAUUCUUUGCAUUGGAACAUAAAGGACUUUGGCCAUCUUCCACAACUCAAGCGGGAUGAGGAACACAAGUCUAUAAUUGAUCAUGACGAAAGAAAACGCUUGGAAGAGUGGCUCAAGCUUGAUCAUGAGAUCUACAAACACUACUUGACCGUAUUCCAAGAGAAAUUGAACCAUUGGAAUCCGAGUGAUUUACAAGAAGGCUUAGACAAAAUGGCCCUCGUUCAGACAAACGUAACAAUUGCGUGUGAAGUCAAGGAGACUUUGAAUGCCAAUUUAAGUGGGAUUUUGAGAAAGACUUUUGACAGUCACUUCUUGGGUUUUAACGUGAAAAAUACAACUGAUUGUCUUAGUUUGGCAAUGCCUGAAGAGACUUUAGUACGAAAAAUCCGAAAAGUACAACUUAAAAAGUUUCAUGUUUUGAAUGCCAAAUGAUUGCGUUGUUGUCUAGGAUACAAUUAUGUCCUAACCAAAAAUAAUAAUAAUAAAAUCUGUUUCUG